CCCGCAUCACACGCUCACGAUGUCUUACAAGUUCGAGACCAAGGACAUGAUCUACAAGAACCUCGGCAACACCGGCCUCAAGGUGUCUGCCUUCUCGUACGGCGGCUGGCUCACGGUCGGUGGGACCGUCAAGGGAGACCCUGUCAAGGACCUGAUCAAGGAGGCGCUCGACCACGGUGUCAACUUCUUCGACACGGCGGAAAUCUACAGCAAUGGACAGUCGGAGAUCGAGAUGGGCCGCGUCUUCAAGGAGCUCGACGUCGACCGCUCGCAGCUCGUCGUCUCGACCAAGAUCUUCUUUGGGACGGGAAAGAGCGACCCGAACCAGAAGGGUCUGUCGCGCAAGCACAUCAUCGAGGGCACCAAGGCGUCCUUGAAGCGCCUGCAGCUCGACUACGUCGACAUCGUCUUCGCGCACCGUCACGACGCCGCCACGCCCAUGGAGGAGAUCGUUCGCGGGUUCAACUACCUCCUCGAUAAGGGCUUUGCGUUUGCUUGGGGCACCAGCGAGUGGACGGCGCAGCAGAUCCAGGAUGCCAUCGGCAUCGCCGACCGCCUUGGGCUCGUCGGCCCGUGCGUCGAGCAGCCGCAGUACUCGAUCUUCCACCGCGAGAAGUUCGAGGUCGAGUUCAAGCCGCUCUUCGACAAGUACAAGUACGGCACGACGAUCUGGUCGCCUCUUGCCGGCGGCGAGCUGUCGGGCAAGUACCUGAACGGCAUCCCGGAGAACUCGCGCUACAAGACCAACCCGGAGUAUUACGAGCAGAAGAUCAAGGAGCUCGAGUCGCCCGAGGGCAAGAAGCGCCAGGACAAGAUCCGCCAGCUCGGCGAGAUCUCGAAGCGCCUCGGCGGGACGGGCCCGGCCGCGCUCGCGCUCGCGUGGGCCGCCAGCAACCCCAACGUGUCGUCCGUCAUCCUUGGCGCCACCAAGCCCGAGCAGCUCAAGGAGAACUUUGAGGCGCUCAAGCUCAUCCCCAAGGUCACCGACGAGGUCCGCAAGGAGAUCGACGACCUGUUCGAGAACGCGCCGACCCCGCUCCCGACCUACGGCCGCGAGUUCAUCUAAACAUGCUCGUGGUCGACGCCGGCUCGAGAACCCUUGAAAUCAAAAGCAGUCGCUGUUCCCUCCUCUGCC